GUUGAUUCUUCCCAUUGCAACUCAACAGCAAUUAUGAUUGCAACCGUACUGUCGGACUGUAUACCAUUUUUCUUUCUGCGAGUCUAUCGACGGACUGCGGUGCACCUUCCAUUUCAUAUCUUCCGGCCAAAUGAGCUAAAAGUGUAUUAAAGUGGUUGACAAGUAUCUGGAAAACUUAAUUUGCGUUGCCUCUAGUCCGAUCGUGAAGGGAAGCUGCCGGAGCAAACGAAUUUGCAUCUUCGUUUGGUGAGAAGAUUAGUUUGGGUGGAUAUCGAUUGAUAGAUAUUAAACGGCUGUCGCCAAGUCCCACUCCUUCCAAUCGCCCAUCAGAGUCAGUCACUGCCCUAAUCCUUCGCCAAUGCUGUGCAGCAUUCCGCUUUCCGGAUUCUAAUCCUCCGCAGUGCCGCUACUCGUUAGGCCUUUAGAGUUCAGACUUCAGCAAACAAAUUGAAAGAAUCACAUAUCAGGUGUGGGACCUGGUAAGGUGUAGAGUGUAAAAUGCUCCCAACCACUUCUCCCAAUCACCCAGUGUGUUAUUUCGUGGACAACAGAAUCAGCACUGUCCAUAAGAACAGUCAGAGGAAAACAAAAUUGUUAUGCUCAAAUCCAUGCUCACCUAGAGUUUAUUUUCCUCGAGGAGUUCAGAUUCUUAAGAAUACCAGGCCUGCACAACUAAAACGAUGUUAUGUGUUACCUAAUACUACCGAUGGGCAUAUUUGUGUAUCUGCCUCUACAGAAGAUGACACAGUUGCCAGCUUUCAGUUGAGUAAUGAAUCAGAAACCCUGUUCAGUAAAUGGUCUCCUCCUAGGUAUUUAUGGAGGGGACUAUCCGUACUCAUCAUAGCUGGACAAGUGAUCAUACGGAUAGUAAAGGGUAAAAUCCACUGGAGAAACACCUUGCAACAACUAGAGAGGGUUGGCCCUAAAUCCGUCGGCGUUUGUCUAUUGACCUCAGCUUUUGUCGGCAUGGCCUUCACAAUUCAAUUCGUAAGGGAGUUCACAAGGCUAGGGUUAAACCGGUCCGUGGGUGGGGUCUUGGCCCUAGCCUUUGCAAGAGAACUAAGUCCGGUCGUCACGUCGAUUGUUGUCGCUGGGCGGAUUGGUAGUGCAUUUGCUGCAGAGCUAGGCACGAUGCAGGUCUCUGAGCAAACUGACACGCUACGGGUUCUUGGGUCAGACCCAGUUGACUACCUGGUGACCCCACGGGUGAUUGCAUCUUUUAUCGCUUUACCCAUUUUGACCCUGAUGUGUUUUACAGUUGGGAUGGCGUCCAGUGCAGUUCUGUCUGAUGCUGUGUAUGGGAUUAGCGUCAACAUAAUAUUGGAUUCUGCCCGAAGGGCGCUUAGGUCAUGGGAUAUUGUUAGUGCAAUGAUCAAGUCUGGGGUUUUUGGUGCGAUCAUAUCCACAGUCAGCUGUGCUUGGGGUGUGACGACACUUGGUGGGGCCAAGGGAGUUGGAGAGUCAACCACUUCAGCUGUCGUAAUAUCUCUAGUCGGUAUUUUCAUUGCUGACUUUGGACUCUCUUGUUGCUUCUUCCAAGGAGCCGGGGACUCUUUGAAGAGCUGUGUUUGAUGUUCUUUUUUUUCAAAUUUCGAUAACCUUCUUUGGUGUUUUUUCUGAAGAAUGAAAAUCUAGUUGACUUGGUUUUGAGCUUUUGCCGUUGUAGGUAUGAGACAUGGUGCUGAUCCAUACACAUUGUAUAUUUAAUUCAUUUGUGAAUUUAAAAGGUAGCUGAAAACUUCAAUAUACUGUGAAAGUUGACGUUAUUGGCUACCAGUUGGAACUUGAAAUACUAUGUAUGUACUAUGUUAUUGGUAAUAAUAGUAUCUUGUGAAAUUAGUGUAUGCUAUACUCG